GUGCCGUAGCCACAAAAACCACAAUGACAAUGGUUGCUGCCUUCAAAUCUCCAAGUUUUCUUCUGUUGCUUUUAAUCUCUCUUCCUUAUAGACUUGCGCCAGCGUACGGUUGAACCGUUCCUUAGACUCGUAGGACCCUUAACGUUUCAAAGCGCCUGACCGGCCUCGUGUUUUUAAAAGGCCGAGGCAGUUCCGAGUGAGGCAGACUCAUUUUCGAAUUCAAAUAAGCAGAACGGGUUUAUCGCGUGUAGCUCGCUUGAUAAGGCUCAAUAAGUUUCUUCGCUGCUCACGCUCUAGAUCGUGGCCCGGUGCUUCGAUCAUUUGUGAGCUCUUUUAAUCGCAGAGCACGUUCAUCUGUCCACUAGACCCCCACACCCCCAUCUAAUUACCGCCCUCACGAAUCACGACUCCCAAUGUACACUUUCCUUCUGCUCAUUGCUCUUGCACUCGCCCCUGUGCCCCUGGUGCAAGGGAAAUCAUUAGUUCUCACCCAUGCCCACAAGGCCGCCGUCAAACGCAGCGCUGGCCUCGCGCGCGACCUCCGCGUGGCGUUCGGGGGCAUCCUGACCACACAGCCCAGUUCCUCAUCCAAUCUGAACAUCUACUGCGUUGGCUCCGAUGGGGAGGGUGUCAGCAUGCCUUCGUCUGGCAAUUCAUCUUCGUCCCCAAACAUGAACGGAAAUGCGACUUCCACUGGAACGGCUGCGCCGUCAAGUACCAGUGUUGCAUCAUCAUCUUGGAAGGCAACAAAUAGUUACAGUGGGCAAACAUUCUUCAACGGCUGGAGCUUCUUCACUGCGGCAGACCCGACAAAUGGGAAUGUUCAGUAUGUAGAUCAAACCACCGCUCAGAGCGCAGGCCUCAUCGAGAUUAACUCGAACGGGAACGCCGUGAUGCGUGUUGAAACAACGCCACAAGUCCAGACUAAUCGGCAGAGUGUGCGAAUUACGACUCAAGCCACGUUCGAUGGUGGCUUGGUUGUGAUGGACGCCGUGCAUAUGCCUACUGGAUGUGCAACGUGGCCUGCCUUUUGGACCAAUGGCCCUAAUUGGCCAGCCGGAGGCGAGAUCGACAUCAUCGAGGGCGUGAACAACUACACGAACAAUCAAGCAACAAUUCACACUAACCCAGGAUGUACAUUACCCUCCACCGGCAGUGCCUUGCUUAAUAUGUCUGGUACAUUGGUUGCGUCUACUGAUUGCUCAGCAGCUCAGACUGGUAACCAGGGGUGUGGAAUUCGUUCUAACUCGAGCGUCUCGUUUGGAUCGGGGUUCAAUGGAAUUGGUGGCGGUGUUUAUGCUAUGCUCUGGGACAACUCCGGCAUUAAAGUAUACUUUUUCCCUCGUGGAUCAAUACCAUCAGAUAUCUCUGCAGGAGCACCACAGCCUCAGAAUUGGUCCGCUCCUAUGGCCUACUGGCCCUCAACGGAUUGCAAUCCAUAUCAAUAUUUCAAUACCCAUUCCGCUAUUUUCGAUACCACGCUUUGUGGUGACUGGGCAAGCGGCGUUUGGACCAGCACAGGCGUGCCUGGGCAAGCAGUGAGCUGCGCACAACAGACUGGUUUCUCGACAUGCUCGGCAUUCGUUCAGGCUAGUGGUGGCUCGUUCAGCCAAGCUUACUGGGAAGUGUCCAGCGUUACGAUCUACCAGAACACAUCAUGAAAUAUUCACGACACUGCAUGAAACACAGACUUGUUAUAGAUGUAUCGUUGUAUUUGCUAGGAUGUAUAUUGUAGCACUACGUCUGGAAUUACACGGCCACACACGCCA